AUGGGUGGCCAAAAUGGAACCUUUAUGCAAAUUUUAAAAUGUGAUGUUGAUAAAGAAAAUUUGGAAAUAAAUGGAAGUUCAGGUAGCAACAACAAUAUAAAAUCGGUGGAGUUGGAAGAGUUAGAGCUUAACAAUGAGAUAAUUAUUGGAGAAAAUGAGAUUUCAGAUUUUUAUCUGCUAAAUGAUGUAGAAACAAAUAUCAAUGAGGCAGAACCCAGUAGUGUGUCUAUUGUACAAAAAUAUCCAAAUGUAGAUGGCCUGAAAGAUAAUUGGCUUUUACCUUCAGGAAGAUCAAUAAGAAAUAUAAUUUAUGGACAAAAGAAUCUUCACAAAUUGCAUCCAUCACAUUUUGGAAUAAUACAUAUUGGUGUCAAUGUUUGUAAUCUUGAAUGGAUAGAGGAUGAAGAUUGGAUCUAUUUGAAUUCAAGUGUUGAAUUCCCAUGCUUUAAAUUAUCUUCUAACACAGAAGAAUUACUAAUUUUACUUUUAAAGACUGACUCUUUAACUGAAUAUAAGAAAAUCAUUUGUGAAGCAAAAUACAAAAAUGACAUUGAUACUGGAAUGGAAUUUAUUACGGAUGUUCUUUGUGCAAGUAAUGUAUUUAAUACAGCAUCUGCUUUUCAUGAUAUACAUAAAAAUGAGGCACUUUUAGGAUCAUCAAUGAUUCACCCAAUAUUACAUAGUGGUGAAAUUCAUCUAAAAGCAAAUGCUAAUCAAAGAUUAUUGAGGUGUAAUUUAAAACCUGAAGAUGACAAACCUUUAGGUAUGAAGGUGGAUGGUUUAUUUCAUACUCCAGGAAAUAAAGGACUUGAAAUUGGAAUGGUUGAGUUAUCAAGUGGUUACUUAACUUCAGAUAUGCCUAGAUAUAUAAAAGACCAUGUUAAAGGUUAUUGGGGGUGUCAUGAUAUUCUCAAUGAUAUUGUGAAAAAAUGCAAUUGUGGAGAUCAUAAAAUUUUGAGAAAUUUACUUAUGUAG